CUCUCUAUCUCUGUGUAUCCUUUCCCUCUCUUUCAUCUCGUCUUUCCUGGGUCUCUCUCUCUCUCUCUCUCUCUCUCUCUCUCUCUCUCUCUCUCCUUCCUCGAUGUGGUGAAUCUCCUCCACUCUUUCUGCGAUGGUGUCGCGCGCAUCACAGCAUCACUAGCCCCCGGGAGCGACCCCAAAAUUCUCUCUCUCUCUUUUUUUCUAUCUCUCUCUCCCUCUCUCUCUCUUCUCCCUCCCUCUCUCCCUCUCUCUCUCUCUCUCUGGACGGACUGCAACACCGCUGCUGCUGCUCGGACGGAUUCUCCUUUUUUAUUACCACUAUUAUCAUUAUUAUUAUUUUUAUUUCCACUGGACGGAGGGAAGAAAGGAGGAGGAGCGGAAGAGGAAAAGGAAAAGAAGGAGGCACGGUGGUGGAGUUUUUAUUUUUUCCAUUUUCUAAUUAUUUUUAAUAUCCCCCCCCCCCUUUUGGAGCUCCGGCGUGCGUUUUAUUCCUCCGCAUCAUCCCCCCCGCAUGAAGCGCGGCGGUGGCGGCGAAACGAGCGGCAAACCACUGAAGAUGGACUGAAGAGGUCCGGACUGUAAACGGUUGCAGAAGAGGACGUACAAGAGGACUAAGAAGCUUUUAUUUUGCGAUAGGAUCGUUUUUUUAGACGCAGUUCAAGACCUUCCUAGUCUUCCUAGGAUGGGGGGAGGAUUCAAUAUCGGUGAUCUGAUUGGAGGGUGUGUUUCCCAUCAGCUCUGCAUCAUAGUCUAAGGAAGUCUAAGGAUUUGCCGUGGAUGAUCAGGCGGUGGUGAGUAUAGGACCGUAGACACCUUCAACUCGCCAACCUCUGCUGGACCAUGUUUUCACAAGAAGGACGCACAUGGAUACCUUCAACCAUGGUCCAGCCAUUAACAUCGCUACCCCGAAUCUCUAGGAUCGUAGUUCUCGUGGCUUGUCUAGCCACUUCCUGUCUAGCCGCAGCUCAGGCACAACAGCAUCCCAUCGUCACUACAAACUAUGGAAAACUGAGAGGCUUGAAAACGGCGCUGCCCAAUGAGAUUCUGGGACCUGUGGAACAAUACUUGGGGAUUCCCUACGCUCUUCCGCCUACAGGCGAGCGGAGGUUUCAACCACCGGAGCCACCGAUGUCUUGGCCUGGGAUCCGAAACGCUACUCAAUUUGCGGCAGUCUGCCCCCAGUUUCUGGAGGACCGCUUUUUGCUCAACGAUAUGUUGCCUGUUUGGUUCACCGCCAACUUGGAUACAGUGGUAACCUAUGUGCAGGACCAAAGCGAAGACUGCCUGUACCUCAACAUCUACGUCCCUACAGAGGAUGGAGCCCACACAAACAGUCAAGGCGAUGAUUUCACCAAUAAUGAGGGUGGCGAAGACGAAGAUAUCCACGACGAGAACGGUCUGAGACCAGUCAUGGUGUACAUUCACGGUGGAUCCUACAUGGAAGGCACGGGGAACAUGAUCGACGGCAGUAUCCUGGCCAGCUACGGCAACGUCAUUGUGGUCACGCUCAACUACAGACUAGGAGUGCUGGGGUUCCUGAGCACAGGUGACCAGGCUGCCAAAGGGAAUUAUGGUCUGCUGGACCAAAUUCAGGCAUUGCGGUGGAUCAAAGAGAACAUCCAGGCCUUCAAAGGAGAUCCGAAGAGGGUGACGAUAUUCGGAUCAGGGGCUGGAGCAUCUUGCGUUAGUUUACUGACCUUGUCUCACUAUUCAGAAGAUCUGUUUCAGAAAGCCAUCAUCCAGAGCGGAACUGCUUUGUCCAGCUGGGCCGUCAACUACCAGCCUGCCAAGUACACGCGCAUGCUGGCCGAAAAGGUGGGCUGCAACAUGCUGGACACUAUAGAUCUGGUGGAGUGCUUGCAGAAAAAGAACCACAAGGAGCUUAUCGAGCAGUACAUCACCCAGGCCAAGUACCACAUUGCGUUCGGGCCGGUCAUUGACGGCGACGUCAUCCCGGACGACCCGCAGAUUCUCAUGGAGCAGGGCGAGUUCCUCAAUUACGACAUCAUGCUGGGAGUCAACCAGGGCGAGGGCUUCAAGUUCGUAGAUGGGAUCGUGGACAGCGAGGACGGCGUCUCCGCGAACGACUUCGAUUUCGCCGUGUCCGAUUUCGUGGACCACCUGUACGGUUACCCCGAGGGCAAGGAUACUCUCAGAGAAACCAUCAAGUUCAUGUACACGGAUUGGGCCGACAAGGAGAACCCGGAGACCAGGCGCAAGACUUUGGUUGCACUGUUCACGGAUCACCAGUGGGUGGCGCCGGCAGUGGCUACGGCGGAUCUUCACGCGCAGUACGGAUCGCCAACGUAUUUCUACGCCUUCUACCACCACUGCCAGAGCGAGAUGAAGCCGAGCUGGGCCGACUCGGCUCACGGAGACGAGGUGCCGUACGUCUUCGGGAUUCCUAUGAUCGGCCCCACGGAUCUGUUCAACUGCAAUUUCUCCAAGAAUGAUGUCAUGCUCAGCGCCGUUGUGAUGACCUACUGGACCAAUUUUGCUAAGACAGGAGAUCCCAACCAGCCGGUGCCACAGGACACCAAGUUCAUCCACACCAAGCCCAACCGCUUUGAAGAAGUAGCCUGGUCCAAGUACAACCCCAAAGAUCAGCUCUACCUUCACAUUGGCCUAAAACCCAGAGUCCGUGACCACUACCGCGCCACCAAGGUGGCCUUCUGGCUGGAGCUCGUACCUCACCUCCACAACAUCAACGACCUAUUCCAGUACGUCUCGACGACCACCAAGAUUCCACCGCAGGACACCACGCCUUUCCCCUACACCAAGAGACUGGGCAAAACGUGGCCGUCGACCACGCGCCAUCCCGGGGUUUCGCAACCCAACCCCAAGCAGACCACAGACCAGCGCAAGGGCAGCGACCUCGGCGAUGAUUCUGCUGUGGUGAUCGAAACCAAGCGGGACUACUCCACAGAGUUGAGCGUGACCAUCGCCGUGGGUGCCUCGUUACUCUUCCUCAACAUCCUGGCCUUUGCGGCGCUCUACUACAAGAAGGACAAGCGGCGGCACGAGUCCAACAGGCGUGGCCCCAGCCCUCAGCGCAAUUCAACGCCGGCGAAUGUGGCGGCAAACGCCAACGACAUAGCACGCCUGCAGAGCGAGGAGCUGAUGUCCCUGCAGAUGAAGCAGCAGCAGCAGCUGGAACAUGAGCACCACCACGAGUGCGAGUCCCUCCAAGCCCACGACACGCUGCGCUUGGCCUGCCCGCCCGACUACACACUGACCCUGCGGCGGUCGCCCGACGACAUCCCGCUUAUGACGCCAAGCACCAUCACCAUGAUCCCCAAUUCCCUGGCUGGGAUGCAGCCCUUGCACAACUUCAACACUUUCGGCGGGAAUCAGAACAGCACCAACUUGCCUCACGGCCACUCCACCACCAGGGUAUAGCUCUGCGCCCUGGGCUUCGUGGGCUGGACCUUUCUGGACUCUCCAGGGGAGCUUGAGGAUGGUUUAUUCCAGCAUGGGAUUUAGGACUUGGAAGUCUUUCAAGGAUGAGGGACAAAUAUAUACGGUUUCUUUGUUCCACUUGGAGACUCAGUGGAUAAAAUAUUAUUUUGCUACAACCCCUUCUUCUUGAAGAACAUAUAAGUCUGACUUCUAAGUCGGACAUGACCUACUUGUGGGCAAAAAAAGUGAAUGUUUCUAAACUAACAGCGUACUCCGAGCCAAGCAGAGCAAGAGAAAGAGAAAGAGAAAAAGAAAGAGAAAGAGAAAGAGAGAGGAUUGUGGGAUGUUUUACCAAAAGAUUUCUUGAACUUCUUCUUUUCUGAGAACAUCGUUGGGACAUCGUAGUCCCUUUAGUUUCGCUUGCGAAAGUGACGUGACGCACAUGCAAAGGAUGGUGGGCAUCAAGGAUCUGCUUUUUGCCAAUGCUUCGUACGCGCCACACUGCUCCUCCUAUAUUAAAUUGAAGAGUUACAGGCGGCAUUGGCACGGUGCCAGGACGCCGUAUUUCGAACAAAGGGAUUAGUCUACUUCUUUUUUUUUUUUCCGACAGUGUUGUCACAUCUUCAAAAAGGGGACUGAAUUCUAAAUCUCCCAGCCUGAAAUGUAUUUAUGACAAAAUUUGUAAAGACGACAAUUCUGUAAAUAGCUGUGCGUUACAAAUCUAAUACGAAAAAAAAAAGAAGAAAAACACAAAAAAGCUUUUAUCGUUGUUUUGGUUCAAAAUAUGACUAUUAUUAUAAUGAGCUUGUGCUUUCUGUUCAAGUGACUGUAAAUAUACCAGUCAUAAUCAUAACCAGUCAUUGUUUUACUUUCCAAAAAAAUGUAAUAUCUGCAUAUACAUUUAUUUCAAUGACCACCAGCAUCCAUAACCAUAACCAUAAGCAUAACCUCUGGGUGGUCCUUCAUCCUUAUGUCUAGCAAAUGCCUUUUUCCCUUAAACAAGACCUCAUAUAGCGACUACACGAGGCCACUGAGGAUUGGCGUCUACAGUGGCCCUUUUUAAUGCUAAUUUGAGCCAGAUUUGUAGUUUCUCUUCAGCUUGUGUGGCCUAUUUCUGGAGAACACUCACUAAGAACAGGGACUGAACUAGAUUUUAACAAGCUGAAAUAUUGUGGUAUGGAGGGAAGUAUCAUUAAGGGAAGUGAAUUAUUUGUCUGAUAUAUCUGAUUUGUCAGUUUUUGACAGUGAGGGCACUAUUUCACUAGAACGUACGGCACGAUUAAUUGUGGUUAACGACUUCCAACGACUGGAACCAUGGGCAUGCAAAGAUGCCUGAUAUGUAUUACGAUUUUCUAUGGUCUUUUGUUCAAGUGAACCAAAAUUUGCUAAUAAAACACUUGUCCAUGGUGUUGCCAUUCCGGCACCUUCUAGAAGUAAGAAUUUAUCGUAGCUCAGAUGUUCCCAGAUGUUGUGGUUGUACUGUAGGUUGGAGGCCGGCACAUGCACAGAUACACCUCGACGAGGGUGGGCCUCUCCCAAUACAUAUACAGCUCUGGAAAAACAUAAGAGACCACUUUAAAAAUAAUGAGUUUCUUUGAUUUUACCAAAUUGAAAACCUCUGGAAUAUAAUCAAGAGGAAGAUGGAUGAUCACAAGCCAUCAAACCAAGCUGAACUGCCUGACUUUCUGCAACAGGAGUGAAGGCGUAAAGUUAUCCAAAAGCAGUGUGUAAGACUGCUGGAGGAGAACAUGCCAAGAUGCAUGAAAACUGUAAUUAAAAACCAGUAUUAUACAGCAUAACCACUGCUAUUGUUCAAUAUCUAUUUUGUUGAGUCACAAUAACUGUCGCUCUGAGAACAGUAUUGGGUUAUUAAAUUCCAAGCUGUUACGUUGAUCACUCUUGAUUGGAUUACACCUAGGAUGCAGUAUUUAUUUUUGCUAGCCUUGAGCCAAUAAUAAUAAUAAUAUAAAUGUCAUCAAUGUGGUCUCAGUGUUCUGAAAAUGAUUUCUAAAGAUCAGUCAACCUUUCCACCCUUUUUACCUCAAAUUACAGAUACACACAACGUCUGCCUAUAAUACCGCUUUACAAAAAUCAAAAAUGCAAAAUUAAAAAAAAAAGUUUUUUCACAAGUAAUCAAAUUUAGGAACGUGAUGCUAUACUGACAAACAGUAUAUAACAAUUUCAUACAGGGUUUAUGUAUGUGCUUUGUAAGUAUCUUUAUUUUAAUUGUAGUGUUUCUGAUAUGUAAUUUUUUUCAGUUUUUAAUUUUUAAGUUAAGAAAUUGCAAUUACAAAGCAAUGACUUUUAAUGAAGGCAGAAGAAGUAAACGUUCAUCUGCUGGGAGGUUUGAGCAGUAACUGCUGAAUAAAGAGGAAACACUUUAGGAAACUGAACUGAAUCGACUGUAAAACGGUGUUAAAUGUAUUGGAAAAGCCAAAAUUGAAUCACUUUCUUGUCCAACAGCUUUUAAGGUACAAUCACUAAAUUUUCCAGGAUUGUCAACCUUUAGGUUUCUAGUGAUUUUUAGAGCAAUAUGUCAUAUAUACAGUUUUUGUAAAGCUGGCUUUUUCGUUUUAGACAUUUACCCAUAGGAUUCAAUUCAAAAAUUUCUGUCAACGUUUAUCAAAAAUUUAAAUGGCUCUACUGGUCUUUUUUUUUUUUGCCAGAAACAAGGCAAUUGAUUUACAAUGGUAUACAAUAGAAACAGUAGUCUUCUCCCCACAGUACUGUCUGUGUAUGGAGGAGCUGCUGGAUAAACCAGCUACUGGGCAAAGGCUUUUUUACUCAUAUUCGCAGCUCAAUUAGCCAGCAGUAUUUGCAUUCCACCAUUUAGCCAAAGGUUUUUGGACACUGCUCUAGUAGCCACAAUUAUUUUCUCACCACCAUUUAAACAAUUGAUUUUGGAUUACAAAAGCAGUUUUGGAGCAUUUUAAACAUUAUUAAUAAUGUUUUUCAAUGCUAUUAUCACAUAUUUUCAAGCAAACUUGAAGUUUGUUACCAAACUUUACCCCUUCUAGUUAUUUACUGUGACUUUAACUGUCACUCAACCCCUGCCCAUAAGUCUGUGCACUGGCCCGGUCCUGGAGAACGUACCCCUGUUCCGUGUGAUACUGUGUUUUUGGAACAGAAGCAUUAUAGCCAGAUAAAUGUGCUUUGGAUCCAGUAUAAUUACAGAAUUAGCACCUCAAAUUGUAAAAACAGCGGAAAAACAGCAUCUGCAUCUUCUAUCCCUGACACGUAUAGAUCACCAUCUGCUUCAUCACUGUCCUGCUUUUUUUAGUCGUUCUUUUCUUGUUUUCUUUUCUUUUUUUUUCUUUUUCAUCUUUUUAUUAUUCCCACGUUUUCUGUCACAUGCACCACUGCCUGAAUGGAAGAUAUGCCCAGCAUUGUACUGUUUAGAGAAAAUGGAAAAAAAAAAUCUACAUGAAAGACGAAGAAAAAAAAAAGGAACAAUACAAAAAUACCCCAGGCAGUGGCUUUUGGUAUCAAUAUUAUUUGGAUAUGUUUGUAAAGCAGUAUAUGUUAGAUAUUUCUACUUGUCAUAUGCUAGCAAUAUGUAAAGUAUUGUGCCAGGCUUGUGAUAUGUUUGGGUUACAAACGCAAGUGAAUGAGUGUAAAUAAAUAAAUAAAUAAAAAAGGAAAUUAUAAUAAUAAUAAUAAUUAUAAAUGCUAUUCUAUAAAAAAAGAAAUCAUUAACCCUGAUAUUUUUUAGUUCUGCAUCCUUUAACAAGAAAGCUUGAAAGCGCAAGCAGUGAUAUAAAAAAAAAACAUGCAAUUGAAAUUUAUAAAGUUACAUUUGUAUAUUGAAUCUUAAGAUAUUCAUCUAGCCCCUUCAACUGUCAAUAAUUCAAAGGGUGAAAAUGUAGGAUUCUAAAUAAUAGUUUGUCUUAUAUUGUUUGCGUUUUUUGCCUUAAGUGAUAGAUGAUAUUUCUGGCUGGACACCUAUAUAAAAUUUUUCUGCAGCGUUUCUAAUAAAAUAUCACAGUAUUUUCUAAA